AUGGCGCUCUGCCAACAGCUCACUGGCGAGGAGCCGCUGGCCUACCUGGAUAGUUUCUUCAACAAGAACCCGGUUCCAAACAUCAGCAACGUCCCCAUGCCGUGGGCGUUUGCGUCGGUCCUGCUCGUGGCUGUCGGCCGGCAAGCAUUCCAGAGCUGGGGGAAGGGGGACGACGAAGAAGCGGCGGCGACGCACAAGCCGGGGCUGACGGCCUUGGCGGAGAGCAGGCGGCGCGGGCAGGACGGCCUCGGCUUCCGCGUGGUGCGCGAGUACCAGAAGAUGGACAUCAUCGACAAGAGAGGAUGGUCGUUUGGGCAGGUCGUCGCGGUGCUGUUCUGGGUCCCGCCGGUGCUGGACGCGGCGCACGCGCUCGUCAAAAGUUCCCGCCGUAUGGACGGCAGGUCUGCGAUCGACGGAGAGGGAGAGCGAGAAAAGCCGGGGAGGCACCCCGACCAACGAGGUGAAGAGGCCGCGAACCGCCGCGGCGAACCGUCCGCCUCGUUUCAUCCGAACGAUACGGAGUCGUGGAGCGAUGGCGAGAACCUCCUUACGAGCGCUGGUCGUGUCCGCCGGCAGGUCGCAGAUGCUAGCGUCUUGUGCGCCAUCACCAGGCGGCCAGCGUAUCAGCGUGUUGGCGAUCCUGGACAGAAUGAGCAGGUGUGA